AGUAGAGAAUUAGUCUUGGACUGAAUGCAGUUGUUGGUUCGGCUGCAUGCUGGAGAAGUUCCUGGAAAUGUUGCAGCCCUUCAGGCGUGGAAUUUCUGGAGGGAUUUUCCAACAAAAAGCCUUGACAAAGCCAACGUUUAUCAACUCGCUGCUUGGACAUCCCGUAUUUCAGAAUUUGCACAUAAAAGUUGGAGACAAAGCUGAACUUAGCAAGGCUUUUACACAGAAUGAUGUAGUUACUUUUUCUUGUUUAACAGGUGACACAAAUCCUUUGCAUUUAAAUGAAGAGUUUGCAAAGAAGUCUAGGUUUGGGAGAACUGUUGUCCAUGGAGUUCUCAUCAAUGGACUUAUUUCUGCAGUUCUGGGUACAAAAAUGCCUGGUCAAGGAUGUAUAUUUCUUUCCCAGGAGAUUCGUUUUCCAGCUCCUUUGUAUGUUGGUGAAGAAGUCACAGCUGCAGCAGAAGUGAAACGACUGAAGGGUUCUGUUGCACACAUUUCUGUGUCAUGUCAGGUCAGAGAAAGUGGAAAAACUGUAAUGGAAGGGAUGGUGAAAGUCAUGGUGCCAGAGAGUUAAGGCUGUUCAUCAUGUGCAACUUCAGUAUAAAGGCCAGAACCAAUGUACACUUGGUUUUGACUCUCUUUUUAUGUGACAUCACUUAAACUAGUAAAUUCGCAACAAAAACCUUUCAAAA